CUGUUCGUGGGCUGUGGCUCUUUUAGUGACUUUUCUCGCGAGUGUAUCUUAUUGUGUUUUGGAAGAAACGAAUAUGCGAAACGAUAGAAAAGAGGAAAGGAAAAAGUGGUACGUACAACGAUAGGCUGUCUUUGUGCCGGAACUGAGCAGACACCUCUCCCUUUCGGAUCGACGGACCUGUUUUCCACUUCAUGACGGUGAAAGAAGAAUCAGUGGUGGUGUCACGACGACGUUAGAACCACUUCGCUGGCCGCGUAUAUAAACCCGUGGAAGACUCAACUACAUACGGAGGAAUCGAACAGGCGCGCACGAUGAUUCUGCGCGUCUGAGAAUACCGAAUACACAAGAGAGAGGGAGCAAGAUAGAUAGAUGGAUAGAUAGGUAGAUAGAUAGAUAGAGAUAGAUAGGACAGAUAAAACGUGUGGAAAGAAAUACACGACGAAUUAAGAAUUUGCGUAUAUAUUUGUGUUUAUCGCGUUCGGUGGUGGAUAAAGAAACGAGUGAUAACUGGCAAUCUACGAUAAAAAGUGAAAAAAGAAAUACUUAAAAGAAUCUAAUUGAAAGGAACACGAACGAUGUUAUUGUUUUAUGUUAUGCGUUUCUUCGAUUCCUGAUGAUCAGUGCUUGCUCUUAGUGUAACCGAUUAACAGAUUCUCGCGAGUGUCUAUCGAUUAAAUCGUCGAUAGAAAAUCAGAGAAGGAAGUGAUAAAAUUUUUUUGAAAAAAAAGAAGAGAAUUAGAAAAAAAGAACGAGUGAAACGUAAAAAAAGAAAGCUAUAUAACAAAGAAGAGAAAAUCCAAAGAAAAUAAAGAAAAAAAACAGAAGAGAAUAGAAAAUUGGUGACGAUUGUGAGUGGUCAAUCCGUGGUGUGUGACGAGAAAGUGUGUGCUCUAAACGGAGCACGUUACAAAGGAAUAGAAUAUCGAGGACGGGGGGUCCAGAGCGACAUUGGGGGGGCGUGUGAGACUGAUUUUGCCCCCCCUACCCCCUGUCUAUCGUCUAAAACUGUGACUUCAUCGUCGUUAAGUCAAUUUUUCGUCGACGUUACAACGUACAGACGUUGCCGUUUAGGUGUGGGCGAGGCUCGUCGAGGAUUCUCGGGCGCAGCGAGGGAGAUCGAAGUAGUCGGAGGUAGAAGAGUAGAAAUAGGAUAGACAAAAGAUGGUAGUCUUCCCGGGGAGGAGGAGUAGCAGCGAGGGGUCAGCGAGGAGGAUGGGAUGGACGGUGUCGCAUCAACAGCAGCUUCGCCUUCUCCUCUCGUUCCUGGUGCUGCUGUCGCCCCGACUCCCCGUCCGCUCGACACCCGCGGACAUAGUGCAAAGGUUCCACGACCCGGAGGUGAAGAGGAUGAACCACUUGGUGGUGGACAAGAACACGGGGCGGGUGUACGUGGGGGCGGUGAACAGGCUCUAUCAGCUCUCGCCCGACCUGAGCGUGGUCGUGAAGGAGGUGACCGGGCCGAAGGGGGACUCGAACGCCUGCUCGAUGAUCGACUGUCCCAGGGAAACCCCGACGCGGCUCGUCGACAACGUGAACAAAGCGUUGGUGAUCGACUACACGACCACCAGG